GUCGCCCUUCCUCGUCCCAGUCUCCCAAUCAGCGGCCUCCGCACAUUGCCUUAGACUCCGAAGGCCGCUUCUCCCGGAAGGCCUGCUCUGGUCCGAGGCCUGGUCUCUCCUCCUCUGGGGGGCUUCCUCAGGCAGCGGCAUCGGGGCCUUCGGGAGCUUCCCCCGCGGAGGGAGGGGCGGUUGGCCGCCGGCGCUGCCGGUGCGAAAUGAGCGAUGAGCCGGGUGGAGCCGCUCGAGGUGAAGGCAGGGGCGGCGGCAGCCGGCACCGUCGGCGACUUGGCUCCGGAUUCAAACAUUCAGUCUCCUGAUGAAGGAUUAAUUGAGGACUUUGCCAUAGUUGACAAAAAAGCUGUGGAGCAACUGACUGAAGGGCUGAUCUCUCACUAUCUACCUGAUCUACAGCGAUCAAAGCUAGCUUUAAAGGAGCUUACACAGAACCAAGAAGUACUACUUGAAACUCUACAGCAAGAAAUCUCAAAGUUUAAAGAAUGUAAUUCUGUCCUUGACAUCAACAUGUUGUUUUCAGAAGCAAAGUACUAUCACAACAAGUUGGUGAACAUCAGGAAAGAGAUGAUGAUGCUCCAUGACAAAACAUCAAAGUUGAAAAAAAGAGCUCUCAGACUCCAACAGAAGAGGCAGAAGGAAGAACUAGAGCGAGAGCAGCAGCGGGAGAAAGAGCUGGAGAGAGAGAAACAGUUAACAGCCAAGCCAGCUAAGAGAACAUGAAAGCCGAACAUGCAUCGGCUUGUCAAACUAAUUAGAACAUUCUCUGGACUCGCUGGGGAGCCCACGUUGCCCCUCAGUGACCUGACGUUUGAACUUGCCAAGCAACCUAUUUGUACGUCAUUCAUAUUUCCUGGUUGCUGUUUCUAAAAAGCAAGCUAGGAGCAGUGAAGCUUCAGCAGUUGAAGAUGCCAUCUUUGCUAAUGCUAUGCACCCUAAAAUUGCUAUGUCAAGCGUGUUCUUUUUAUUUUGUCUGCUAAUUUUUCCAGGGGGGGGUGGGGAGAAACAAAAUGCAAGACCUUGUGUAGUAUGGGAUGGCUUGCUGUCCAGAAUGAAUGGGGGGAUGGAUUUCCUGAACGUUGAGCUCUACCUCAUUGGCCUGCUGUUAUCCAUUAUUGAUCCUGCCAUGCCCCAUUGCCAGUAGAACAGCAACUGCCUAUGUGUGAAGUCUUGAUGUCAACCUUCUGUUCUUGUCGUAUAUAAAUGGGUUCCAGACUGGGGAAAGUGUCAAGGUCUACAUCUGCCAAGUUUAUAAUAUCUAGAAGUAGAUUUUAAAAUUUACCAGAAGCAAAGUAUUGUCAUAGCAGGUUGAUGACUCUGUAUCUUGAUGGUCUGUAACGGUGAAGGCCUUGCUGUGUCACUUGAGAUGUGGCUGGCUGGGAUGUCUGUGCCAGCCCCACUGAAAUGGGGAUGAACACCACGCUGCCCUGAGCGGAGGUGGCAGUGCAGUUCACGUACCAGGCCAAGCGUUUCCCACAGCAAGCACUUGAAGUGUGGGUAUCUAUCUUAGAAGCUCUUGAGUUCAUGCAUGUGAGGCUCCCAGAAAUGAGCACCCAAGUGCUUAAAGGGGUGCAAUAUGUCCUUGCCUUGUGAAUUUGCCGUGGGAAGCAAUGCUGUACAUACGACAGCCGAGUUUACCGCAAAGCCUGGCAGCUUGUGCCCAUCAGUUAUUGCUAGCCAUCAUGGAAACAAUUCCUGACCAAGUGAUCUUAGAACCGGGAGUUAAUGAUCCGUGGAUGCAGCGAGGACACUUUGUAGACAUGCCAAGAAACGUAAGAGAUUGUUCAGAACUUCAGAUAGCACUGAUCUGCCUGAGAACCUGGGGAUAUCUGUUGGGUCCAUGUUCUGUCUUCAUUGCUUUGCUGUAAUUAAAAUGCUUUUGUGUUCUACUCAAAUUGGGAAAGCAUCCAAGUGACAUUUAAAGUCUAAUCCAUUGUAAUUACUGUGAGGGGGGAGCAGGGAUUUUCAGUAAUUGAAAAAAGGUAAUAAGCCUGCAUUGAGGAGUUCCGUUUCCUUUUUACAAGGAAAAACCAGUGGGAUCCAGGGACAUCUAAACGAACAAAAUAACGGGGCUCUUAUGGGAGAGUAAGAUGGAGACAUCUCUCCCCUAUUGCAUUCUGAUUGUGUUUUUUUAAAAAGAUGGGGAGCUCUAGGGGCCCCUGUUAAAUCAGCAGGGGGCUGAGAGAGAUUUCUGAGACCGUUUCUUCCAAAAAUCUGUACUGCAAGGAAGAACUAGGCCAUAUACUCCCUGUUCAGAUGAAUGUUGCUUUUUCUGCUAAUGAUGCUUAGAGUUGAGCACUCACCCACUAAAAAUAAAGAUGAUAAAACA